UCAGAUCACCACAAGGAAAAGAAGAAUUUGUCAGGACAAAAACACACAGAAACACACACGGAGGGUGUAGCUAUUAUAUAUGGAGAUGGAUAGUACUUCUUUGCAUAAAGCUGCUGUUCUUGACGGUGCAUUCGAGGAGAACAAAGCUUCUGAAUCUGACCGUGGCAAGAAAAGCCGCGGAGGAGAGAUUGCUUUUCAGCUGGAGGAUAAACUUGUAUCAGCCAAAUCCGAGAUGGAUGAAGUUAUGGAGGAGAAUCAGAAGCUGAGGAUGUGUUUAAAUAGGAUUCUGGAGGAUUACAGAACCCUAGAAAUGCAAUACAGAGAUGUUAUUCAACAAGAGGCUAAAAAGUCUCCUACUACAGUUCCUACUCAUCAAGAUCAUGACACUGAAGAACCUGAACUUAUCGCCCUCAGUCUUGGGAGAACGUCGAGUAACAAGAUAAGAGACGAGCUCAAUAAAAUACCAACUGUUGAGGAUGAAGGGGUGACACUAGGGUUAGAAUGCAAACACGACGUGCCUAAGAUGUUGUCACAGGCUGAGACGACAUCCCUGAAUCCCAGCCCUGAAAAUAGCUUGGAAGAAGUGAAAGAAGAAGAUGCGGGGGAGACACGGAAACAUAAAGCAAUGAAUAAUGCUGGUGAUGGUGGAGAUGAUGAGAUCUUGCAGCAAAAUCCCGUCAAGAGGGCUAGGGUUUCUGUGAGAGUUAGAUGCGACACGCCAACUAUGAAUGAUGGAUGCCAAUGGAGGAAAUAUGGCCAGAAGAUUGCCAAGGGAAAUCCAUGCCCUCGAGCAUACUAUCGUUGCACUGUUGCACCAUCCUGUCCGGUGAGGAAACAGGUGCAACGAUGUAUGGAAGACAUGUCCAUCUUGAUCACAACAUAUGAAGGAACGCACAAUCAUCCACUUUCAGUCUCAGCCACGGCCAUGGCUUCCACCACUUCUGCAGCUGCCUCCAUGUUAUUGUCUGGCUCAUCAACAUCUGGAGGGUCAGGCUCCUCAUCCACCACCUCUAGCCUCAAUGGACUAAACUUCUAUCUCUCCGAGAAUUCAAGAUCAAAGCCCUUUUACCUACCAAAUUCAUCGAUCUCCUCAUCCUCUGCAUAUCCAACCAUCACUCUUGACCUCACGUCUAGCUCGUCUUCCUCCUCAUCUCAUUUAAGCAGACUAGGCAAUUUUCCUCCACGAUACCCAACCACGAAUCUCAACUUCAGCUCUUCGCAGUCAAAUGCUCUACCCGUAGUUUCUUGGAGCAAUAAUGGGAUCCUAAGUUAUGGAACUCAACCAUGCAGCAGGAACCAAACUACCACUUCCCUAUCUUUUCAAGCAAACCCUAAUGAAACCCUAUACCAAUCCUACUUGCAAAAGAGUACCAUAAACCCUAACCAGCAAACCCUAGCACCAGACACCAUUGCAGCUGCAACUAAAGCAAUCACAUUAAACCCAAGUUUCCAAUCAGCGUUAGCAGCUGCUCUUUCAUCAAUCAUGGGCUCAGGUGGCGCUAAUAAUAGCACCACCUGUAUCCAAAAUGUUGUCGAAAACUCUAAACAAAGUGUGAAGUCUAGUGACCCUUUUCCUACACUCUCUAGCUUUCCAUCAUCAACUACCAAUAUUGUGAAGAAAUGCUCGCCAGGUUUUCUGGAAAAGUCAUCGUCUACAACUAGUUCACAAUUGGGAGGGUUAACAAUUCUUUCGCCUUCGUUCCCACUGUCAAACUCAAAGAGUAAAUCUAACUCUCGGGGUGAUAACAGAGAUGAACUCAUUUAAUUGUUUUUUUCAGAGGUUUUUUGUCUGAGUUGAUUGGUUUCUUUUACUAGUUAGGUUAGUUGGUGGAAUUAAUUUGAAUGUGAUGCAAACAUGCACUUAAUUUUAGAUUUGCUUUGUUUUUCUAGAUUGAUCAUGUAUGAUGAAGAAAUUGUGCACAUAGACGGUGAAUUAGAAUUGAAGAAAUGUGGAUAAUGCAUGUGUGUUUUCACGACGCACUCAACCAACUAAGCUGUUGGUUAGCGACCGAUCGGCUUCUUUUUUAAUU